AAUUUUGGACGCCAGCACGGAAGAAACUCCCUAAAACCCUAAUUAUUAGAACCUUCGUAACCCCUCUCUUUCUCUCUCCUCUAGCAAAAGCCUACAUGCAGCAUUGUGAGAGCAAGAAGAGCAGAGCAGAAGCCGCAACUUCCAUUCUCAUUCCCUUCUUCAAACCUCGACAAGUUAUUCUCAAUUCAAACUCAAACAUGAAGCACACAAAAUCCCCAAUUUCUCUCUCUUCUGAACAAAGAAUUCUUCUUCUCCAAUCCAUUUGUCAAUUUUUCGAACAAAGUGGAUUUUCCAAAACCCUAAAACAAUUAUACAAAGAAGCUGACAUCCAGAAAGAGAGCUGGAAAAGUUGUUUAAUUAACUUGGAAGAAAUGUGCUACCAGUAUUUAAAGAUGCAGGAUGACACAAAAUUAAGUGAGAGUGCCGUCAAAGAGCAACUUACGAAACAGAAGGAUGGAAGUGUUAAUGAUGUUGCGUCUGUGGAAAAUGGUAAAAAAACGAAGGAAAAUGAAGGUGAUAAAGGGAAGAAAUCCCCAUCAAAAGUGGAAGAGCACUCUGGUGAUGGUGUUGAUGUAAAACCUAAGAAGAAAAAGAAAAGCAAAAGUGUUAGUGAUCCAUCUGAACAAGUUGCUGUAGAAACUGACUCAAAACCCUCACAAAACCCUGAAGAUGUUUCUAUGAGUAUACCAAGUGAACCUGUAAAGAAAUCCAAGGACAAGAAGAAGAAGAAGCAUAAGGAUCAUUCUGAGGAGGAGGAGGAGAAAGAGGACACACAAGUAAAACUUGCUAAGCUUCCAGCAGAAGAAACAUUGGAUAAACCUGAUGCUGAUUUACAGGAAGAGAAGAAAGAGAAGUCAAAAAGUAGGAAGAAGAAAGAAGAUACUUUAAAUUCCAAUGAUUUAUUGGUCGAGACCAUAGAGGCUGAUAAAGAGAAAAAGGUUUCAAAGAAGAGAAAGAAAUUCUCAUCUGAGGAAAAUGAAUCUAUCUGUGUUGAUAAUGCAGCAUCUGAUGACUCCAAACGCAGAAAGACAGAUGAUUUGGAUCAACAAAAUGGAACCAUCCUCCCUAAAACGCCUAAUGGAGCUGUCAAUGGAUUCUUGGAAAAAGAUGAAGGAAAGGAGUUGGAGAAGAAAGACAAAUCAAGGCAAUACAAUGAUUUGUCUGAGCUUUAUACGACAUUGGACAUACUCAGGGUAGCAAGCAACAGCUUUCCAAAACUUAGGUUCAUGAUGUCAAUUGCCUGGCGUCUUUGGCAAAGGACUUCUGCUAAAGCAUUCCGGAGGGUGAAAGAGGAGGAGGUGGAAUUUGUAGAUGAAAGGCUCCAAGAUAAUUCUUAUUGGGCGAAGGACGGUGCAGACUCGGGCUAUGGUGCAAAAGCACAAGAAGUUUUGGGGCAGGUUAGAGGAAGGGAUUUUCGUCAUGAAAAGACCAAGAAAAAGCGGGGAAGCUACAGAGGAGGCCAAAUUGAUUUGCAGUCUCAUUCCAUUAAAUUCAAUUAUGAUAAUGAUGAUGAAUGAACUUUUGCUUGAAUCCUCCUGCAUGUGGACUAGCAUCUGAGCAAAUUUUUGGUAGAAUGUUUCCUUCUCUCUAUAUCUUAUUUUAUUUUAUUUUAUUAUGAACAAUUUGUAUCAUCUGGGUGCUGUAAUUUUUUCCAUCUUCAAAUCAAUCUGAGAAGAGAGCUUGUGUUCAGCAUAAAGUAAACACAAGUUUAACAAGUGGAACAAACUAUAUGAUUGAUGUCAA